UUGGUUUCGGGAUGCCGUCAGCGGCUCAAAAUAUUUAGUCAGAGCUGAGUUGAGUUAUUUACUCUCAUUUAGUACUUAAAUAAUGAACUAGUCACGCCAACUGCACGCCUUUCUUUUAUUUCUGGUUUUUUAUUAUUAGGCCACGGGACUGGGGCUAUUCUUUGUUAAAUAUCCAAUUGCGAGUGCUUUUCAUAGCUAAAGCUCUCCGCAGUCCACAACCCCUUUUGGCUAACAAUGCGACUUUUCUCCCUCCACCAACCACUUCGUCGAUCGUUUUAUAGCUGCCAGACAUCGUCAAUUCGAAGGCAAUUCAGCUCCUCGGCCGCAACUCACCCUACAAUACCCAAUUUUGGUUUUGUUUUUGACAUAGAUGGUGUUCUUCUCCGCUCAUCGAGACCGCUCCCCGGAGCGGCUGAAUCGCUCCAGCUCCUUAAAAAGGAAAAAAUCCCCUUCGUUCUCUUAACAAAUGGCGGAGGAAUGCACGAGACAAAGAGAAUUGCGCAAUUGAGCGAACGUCUUCAUGUGGCUCUAGACGCCGACACGAUCAUCCAAAGCCACACCCCUUUCGCAGAUUUGGUAAAAGGUAAUAAAGUGCAGGGCGCGCUGGAGAACAAAUGUGUUUUGAUUGUUGGUGGAGGGGAUGGGGAGUGUCGUUCUGUCGCACAAGAGUACGGAUUCAAGAAUGUCGUGACCCCUGCAGAUAUCUUCCGAUCGCACCCUGAGAUUUGGCCGUUUUCUCAUGCCUUUAAUGACUACUACGGACGGUUUGCAAGCCAACUUCCACGGAGGAUAGACCCAAUUGACCCGUCCAAAAGCCUUAAGAUCGAUGCAAUACUGGUUUUUAAUGACCCUAGAGACUGGGCUUUGGAUAUCCAAAUCAUCAUCGAUCUACUACUUUCGUCCCAAGGUAUUGUCGGGACUUAUUCUGCAAAAAAUAAUAGCCCAGACCUACCGAACCGGGGUUAUCAGCAAGAUGACCAGCCGCCAUUGUACUUUUCCAACCCUGAUCUCCUAUGGGCUGCGCAAUACCAUCAGCCAAGACUGGGUCAAGGAGCAUUUAAAGCGUCGCUUGAAGGGGUGUGGGCAGCAAUGACCGGAGGAGCCUCAUUAGCGAUGACGGUCAUUGGGAAACCAUGUGAACUAACAUAUAGGUUUGCUGAGAAGAGGUUGAACCAGGAAAGGGAGAAGAUGUUUCACGUCGAGGAUUUACAACCUCUUGAGGCGGUGUAUAUGAUCGGUGACAACCCUGAGUCUGAUAUCCGAGGGGCCAAUUCGUACAAGAGCCCCUUCGGAACCAAGUGGAAUUCUAUUCUAUUAAGAAGUGGUGUAUACUCGGGUGGGACACCGACUUGGCCACCGAAGGUCAUCGUUGACGGAGUGAAGCAGGCCGUUGACUGGAGCUUAGUCCAGUCGCAGUGGCCUCGUAACUGAGUUUAUCUUGUUUAGAGCACCUCAUUCUAGUUCUUUGUCCUGUAAUCUAGCGUUGGUUUAAUCUUUUUUAUAGAUUUGUUGUUCUAGACUCUUUGCGUCUGGCAUUGUAGAGUAGAUAGAUUUUUUAAAGAAUAAAUAUAUAAAAUUCCAUACUUUAACACACAA